AUGGACACCUCCGCACCCAUCGACAUCGAACUCACCCUAACGCACCACGGCAAACCCAUAACCCUUACAUUCGCGCAAGAUGCCACUGUCGUUGACCUCUCAGAGCGCGUCGCCUCCGAACUCUCAAUACCCCCGUCAAACCAGAAAUACCUCGUCUCCCCCAAAAUCGGCCUCCUCAAGCCGCCCUUCAAAGACCCCACGCUCCCGCUCUCUUCCCUCCAAGGAAAGAAGAUAAACCUCAUGGGCAGCACAACCUCCGAAAUCACCUCCUCAACGCCUCCAUCUCCCAAGCCGCCGCCCCGCGCCGCCCCAGCCCCAUAA